AUGGCACGGAGGUUAAGAUUGCAUUUUGCAGCCAGAAGAAGCAACACCGAUCCGCUGUCGGAAGCCUCUGGAGAUGACCUGGAUAAUAACUCUCCCAUGUGCUUCAAAAGACCAUCCCAGGCUUCUGCAUCUAACACCAUACAAAUGAAGCUGACUCCUAGGCAAACCGUCCUGACUCCGGGAGCACAGGAAAUUGUUCAGUCUCAGGAGAGUUCAGCUGCUCCUUCAUCUCAAAGUAGUCACAAAAAGAGCACCUUUCUGCAGAUUUCCCUACAGCCCAAGAGUUCUAAUGGAUAUCUUCAAUCUGGCACCGUUCUAGCUACUGGUGAAGACGCGUCAUUUAGUGGUGUCAUCGAGGAAACAAACUGUGGCAGGACCGUGGCUGAUAACGGAUUGAACGUGAUAAAUGACAACGGCCUUCUGGGCAGCCCUGCCUCGUGUAGUGGUAGCCUCUCCGGUUUUGGAGUCAGUGACAACGGAUCGUGCAGUAGCAAUGGCAGUGAUUAUGGGUCAUGUACAAGCACCACAAGUGAUGGUGGUUCAUGCAGUAACAGCAUCAGCAGCGACGGUGGUGGUUGUACUCUUCAUCAAGGUGAUGGUCCUUUUACUAAUAGGAUUGUCUGUGGGAAUUUCUCCUACGCCACCGCUUAUAAAAGUGUGCCGAACAGGAAUACUACCCCCUGUGAAACUCUGAGAAGCGACAGCUCGAUUUCCUUUGAAGAAGGAUUGGAACAAGCCAUAGAGAGUGCAAAAUUACCGGCGAGAACAAAAUCUAAAAUUCCGUUAAGACGCUGUUCGUCGUUGGUCAUUUUCCCUAGGAGUCCUUCUACUACCCCACCGACUUCUCCAACGAGCUUAAGCCCUCUCCCAAGCAGAGGACCCUAUCAAACAUCGCAUCAGUUCCUCGUCUCUCCCGGCGAGCUCGCACAAAGGGAAGACCCCACUCCUCCCAAGGGAUUUCUUUCAACAGCAGUCAACGGGCUUCGGUUGUCUAAAACCAUAUGUCUUCCCGGGGAAGUUAGAGAUAUCCGGCCGCUUUAUGUGAGGAGUUCUUCUCGGGAGAAGAAUCUUUCUUCGGUCAAGAGUCCAAAGAAGACAGUUCGGGAAAAGUCUCCCGAAGGGCACGCGUCCAUCUCAGUGCAUUUCACCCCACGAAAAACGUACACGUCAAGGAGCGAAGCAACAAAUGGCCAUUGCAGGCUAGAGAAGCCCUUUGAGGAGUUGAAACUUAAUUCUGGUGGAAAAUACCCACACCUAAAACUGAUCCGUAGCACGUCUGCGUGUCUGCCUGCCUCCCAAAACGCACGCUAUCGGCCAGAUGCUACUGGUGAAUUGGGAAAACCGAAUCCACAGGCAAGCCCGAAUCACCAUAUUUUACAAAGAAGCAUUUCAUUGGAAGGCUCUUAUCAGAAUGUUCCCUGCUGCCUGUCCAGUCUCAAGUACAAUUGUUCCAAAGUAGGGAUGUCCCAAUUACAUAUACAGUUCGCCCGUGGAAAUGAAGGCAAGCUUAGUAACCUUCAAAAAGAAAGCAAGAGAUAUUGCAGAAGGGAGCUGUGUAAUAAUUCAAGACGACCUCAAAGGACAAGAGAUGAUUUCCUGGGUCAAGUGGAUGUGCCUCUUUACCAAUUACCGACAGAAAAUCCAAAUAUGGAGAGACCAUACACAUUUAAGGAUUUCGUUCUUCAUCCCAGAAGUCACAAAUCAAGAGUUAAAGGUUACCUUAGAUUAAAAAUGACUUAUUUGCCUAAAACCAAUGGAUCUGAAGAAGAAAAUACAGAACAGGCUGAAGAGUUAGAGCCUGGCUGGAUUAUAUUGGACCAACCUGAUGCGGCUUGCCAUUUGCCGGAAUCUUCUCCCCUACCUCCAGGCUGGGAAGAAAGACAAGACGUUCUUGGAAGGACCUAUUAUGUAAAUCAUGAGUCUAGAAGAACUCAGUGGAAAAGACCAACACCUCAGGAUAGCAUUACUGAAGCAGAGAGUGGUAGCAUUCAGCUUCAAGCACAGCAUGCAUUCACCACCCGGCGUCAGAUAUCUGACGAAACAGAAAUUUUAGAAAACAGAGAGUCUCCAGAGAGCUGGGAUAUUAUAACAGAAGAUGAAGCUACAAUGUACAGCCACCAGAAUAUUCAGUCACCUCCAACCCCAAGUAACUUUGAUAUUCAGACUCAUCUUGCAGAAGAAUUGAAUGCCCAACUCACUACCGUUGGAAACACAGCCACGAGCCGGCAAACAUCCAGUUCUCAUCAUUCCAGCAGAAGGGACAACAUGCAAACCUACACAGUUGAAGAACAGCCUGCCCUUCCUGUGCUUUUGCCUACUUCAUCUGGAUUACCACCAGGUUGGGAAGAAAAGCAAGAUGAUAAAGGGAGGUCAUACUAUAUCGAUCACAAUUCCAGAACUACUACUUGGAUGAAGCCUGCUACCCAGACCACUUCAGAGGCGGCUCAGCCAUCUUCAAGCCAAAGCUCUUCCGUGAGCCAUCAACCUCAAACUGCAGCUACCGAUUCAUCCCAACACUCCCUACAUCAGCAGCCGGAACUCCAACAGGGAUUCCUUCCCAAAGGCUGGGAAGUGCGACAUGCUCCAAACGGCAGGCCUUUCUUUAUUGAUCACAACACCAAAACUACCACCUGGGAAGAUCCAAGAUUGAAAAUUCCAGCUCACCUGAGAAGAAAGACAUCGACUGAUCCUAUUGAUUUAGGACCUCUACCUCCAGGAUGGGAAGAAAGGACUCACACAGAUGGAAGACUCUUCUACAUAAAUCACAAUAUCAAGAGAACACAAUGGGAAGAUCCUCGAUUGCAAAACGUAGCAAUAACGGGACCGGCUGUGCCGUACUCCAGGGAUUAUAAACGAAAAUAUGAAUUCUUCAGAAAGAAGAUGAAAAAGCAGAGUGAUAUUCCCAACAGAUUCGAAAUGAAACUGCGGCGCACAGCAAUUCUUGAGGAUUCUUAUAGAAGAAUUAUAGCCGUCAAAAGAGCAGACUUCCUCAAAGCGAGACUGUGGAUUGAAUUUGACGGUGAAAAAGGAUUAGAUUAUGGAGGAGUGGCAAGAGAAUGGUUCUUCCUAAUAUCCAAGGAAAUGUUUAACCCUUAUUAUGGGUUGUUUGAGUAUUCCGCCACGGAUAAUUACACCUUACAGAUUAAUCCAAAUUCUGGAUUGUGCAAUGAAGAUCACCUCUCUUAUUUCAAGUUUAUAGGCCGGGUAGCUGGAAUGGCAGUUUAUCACGGCAAACUGUUAGAUGGAUUUUUCAUUCGUCCGUUUUACAAGAUGAUGCUCCACAAACCAAUAACGCUUCACGAUAUGGAAUCUGUGGACAGCGAAUAUUACAAUUCAUUACAGUGGAUAAUUGAGAAUGACCCAACUGAAUUAGAUCUCAGGUUUACUGUCGACGAAGAACUUUUUGGACAGACCCAUCAACAUGAGUUAAAAGCUGAUGGAUCAGAAAUAGUUGUCACCAAUAAAAACAAAAAGGAAUAUAUUCAUCUUGUCAUACAGUGGCGAUUUGUGAAUCGAGUCCAGAAGCAAAUGGCUGCUUUUAAGGAGGGCUUUUUUGAGCUUAUACCACAAGACCUCAUCAAGAUUUUUGAUGAAAAUGAACUGGAGUUACUCAUGUGUGGGCUGGGAGAUGUAGACGUGAAUGAUUGGAGGGAACAUACCAAGUAUAAAAACGGCUACAAUGUCAAUCAUCAAGUUAUACAGUGGUUUUGGAAGGCCGUGUUAAUGAUGGAUUCCGAAAAACGAAUACGACUCCUCCAGUUUGUCACUGGCACCUCCCGGGUGCCUAUGAAUGGAUUUGCUGAACUCUAUGGUUCCAACGGACCUCAGUUUUUUACAGUUGAACAAUGGGGGAGCCCCGAUAAACUGCCUCGGGCUCACACCUGCUUUAAUCGCUUGGACUUGCCUCCCUACGAAUCAUUUGAAGAUUUAUGGGAUAAACUUCACGUAGCAAUCGAAAACACUCAGGGCUUUGACGGAGUUGAUUAGGCGGCCGCCGACGGAGCUGAUUAGGUCUGAGCGCUGCCGUUAUUACAGAGCGUUUACAAAGAAAGUCUCCGGGGAAGGACUGCUGUGUAGUCGUUUCAGUUGAGUCUUCCUAAAGUACUGCAGAUUUUUAAUAAGGACAGCAAGAAAACAGUUGUUCAAACAAAGACUGAAUUUUUUUUUACAAUGGACAAAAUCACCUUUUGGGGUAACACGUUGCCACUUACCAAGAAUUCUGAAUUUUAUCUAUAUAAUUGCAGUAUUUAAAGGCCCUUUCAGCUGAAAAUAAUGAAUCUUUUCAACAAUUACCUCUUUAUCAGUAUUUGCCAGACAGUUCGACAUUAAACUACUGAAAUUGUAACUGUGAAAACGUUUGUAAAAUGCCAAAUAUGCGAAAUUGAAUUAUUUUCAAGAAGAAUAACCGAAGAGAAUAACUGAACUGAACAGAUAACCUAGAGAAUAUUCAGUAUAAUGCAAUAUCUUACUCACUGCUGCUUGACGAUGCUAUUUAUUAUAAUGGAUCUGCCCAAUGCACCUUACUACUCAACAUAUUUGGAAAACAUUGGAAAGUAUUAUCUGUAUUUUUUUGUAUUCAACUAGUUCGCUUGUAGAAUUUUGUUUUAUUCAAUUUAUGGGAUUUUUAUUUUUAGGGAAUUCUCUUUAUAACAUACGUUAAACAUUUUUGCAGAACAGUUUUCUAAGAUUUAAAGCGGAAAUGGGUGAAAUAUAUAAAAUCCUCCUCUUUGCAUUUACACGUUUGCUUCACUUGGGGAUUCUUCUCCUUUGUACAAUUUUAUAAUUGAUGAAUUAUGAGUAAGAUUGGAAAAUCCACACUUUUCCAUAAUGAAGAGCAAAGUUUAACGAAGUAGAGUUUUUAUGAACCACAGAGCAGCCAGGUGAAAAUGUGUAGUGCUUUGCCUUUAUAUUCCUUCUAGCAGUGUUGCACAGCGAUGCAGUAAAUUCAUGUUUACAGGGUUUCUUAUGUUUACAGGUUCAGCUGGUUUCUAAAGUUGCAUUUUCCAUUUUUAUUCACUCUAGUCUAGAUACCAAAUAAAUCUUAAAAAUCCAAUACUAUAUAACCAAAGUCAUAGCCAAUAAUGUGCAGUUCGUAGAUGAGAUUGCUUUUUACGUUGAUGUUGCCUGUGUUUUUUUUAUUUUGUGUGAUUUCUGUUUAGUAGAAAAUGUUGUUUGGUGUGAAAGAGACAAACCCUUGGGGCAAUGCUAUUUGAAAUCAUUAUAGUUUGAAUAUAAUGUUCUGGGAAUUAGGCUUUUCAUUCAUUCAUUCAAUCGUAUUUAUUGAGCGCUUACUGUGUGCAGAGCACUGGACUAAGCGCUUGGGAAGUACAAGUUGGCAACAGAUAGAGACGGUCCUUACCCAACAACGGGCUCACAGGCUUAGCAAAUGUGGAUUUGGGAAAAAGCAAAGUUUAUGUAGUACUUAACUGAUUUCUUGGAGCAUUUCUAGCCGCAUAUUUUAAGAAAUUAAAUCCCAUAAUUUUGGCCUCCAAUUCCUCUGCAAGUUAUACACUUUGCAAUGCUGAAGGUCUCACAUUACUAGGAUGCCAUAUAAAUUGUAUUACAGUGUAAUGGGUCUUAACUUGGAUUUUAAAUAGCGUUUGUUCUUUGAAUAAGUCUGUAAUGCUGAAGUAUUUCAUGUAAAUAGUCUCGCGAUAUUUAUACAAACAAUACGAUUCUGAUGAUCUAUGUGCCAUUUUGACAUAAGCUUUGUAAAAAAAAAAAGAACCCUUGGAAGUAUGGCAAAUCUGUAUACAAUUGAUUGUAGCACAGUUUGGUGCAUACUUUAAAGAAGAAUAAAAUCUUCACCAUUUUUUUAAAAUCCCGAAGCCAUGAAUAAAGAUUUAUUCUAAUAAAGAAAUUGUGGUCCGUAUUUGAUUAAGAGAAUAUGGAGGUUAAGAUUUGGAGCUAUCUGCUGAUCUGCAGAUAGCAGACUAGGAUGCCAUAUAAAUUGUAUUACAAUGUAAUGGGUCUUAACUUGGAUUUUAAAUAGCGUUUGUUAUUUGAGUAAGUCUGUAAUGCUGAAGUAUUUCAUGUAAAUAGUAUCGCGAUAUUUAUACACACAAUACGAUUCUGAUGAUCUAUGUGCCAUUUUGACAUAAGCUUUGUAAAAAAAAACAAAACCCAAAAAACCCUUGGAAUUAUGGCAAAUCUGUAUACAAUUGAUUGUAGCACAGUUUGUUGCGUACUUUAAAGAAGAAUAAAAUCUUCACCAUUUUUUUAAAAUCCCGAAGCCAUGAAUAAAGAUUUAUUCUAAUAAAGAAAUUGUGGUUCGGAUUUGAUUAAGAGAAUAUGGAGGUUAAGAUUUGGAGCUAUCUGCUGAUCUGCAGAUAGCAGAC